UCCAGAGCAGCUUCGUCGGCGUACUCAGGAGAGAGAGAGAGAGGCAAGCAGAGAGUCAUGGCGUCCCCGUGCACUGGCUGCGAUUCUCGUCUACGGCCCGCGGGGGCUUCGCGCUGCGGGGGCCGGCCGGGGCCCAGGGCCUACCUCUGAGGAUGGGCCGGCCUCAGCCAUGGAGGGCCUCGACCUCAGCCACUUGACAGAAGCCGAGCGGAACCAGAUCCUGCAGGUGAUGGCCCGCCAGAAGGUGGAAGAAGAACGCGAGAAGGAGAUUUUCAAGAAAAGUGAGGAAGAGGUGCGGCUCUUAGAGGCCGCAAUCCGCUUACGGAGCCAUGAAAAGAGGGACGAACUGGAAUCCACGUGCCACGUUUGCGCCAAGACCAAGUUUGCUGACGGAAUCGGACAUAUCUGCCAACAAUGUGGAAUCCGGUGUUGCGCCCGGUGCGGAGUUAAAGUUUCUCUUCGAUCUAGCAAAACUAUUUGGCUGUGCAUCGUUUGUCGUAAAAAGAAAGAGCUGCUGACCAAGUUCGGCAAAUGGAUGAAAAACGACCACAAGUGGGGUCGAGCCCACAGCCUCGAAGAGGAGGCGGAUGCGCAGCGCAAGAUGGAAUUCCCAGACACCAGCAUGCACCGGCGCUAUCCGUCCCAGAUCAACAUCUCGCUACCUUCUUCUUCUUCCUUCUGGCGUGAUGACAGAAGACCACAACCAAUCACCCUCAGGUCUGAGGACCGAGUACCCCCCGCGAUGAGUCGCGAAGAGCUGCGGCCUUCCCCGGGCCGGCGUCGCUCGUCCGUCGACGUGCUCCGAAACGACUCUCUCAGCUCGGACCAGUCGGAGAGCAACCCCGCCCGGCCUCCCCCGCGCCCUCGCCGGGCCGGUAACAACGGGGGAGGCCGGCGUAGGCACUCGGGCAGCAGCGAGUCGGAGGACGAGGCACGCUCCACCCCAUCUUCCUGCGCGGACUCCGAAAGCGACCGAGGGGACGGGCGUCGGCGGCGCCCUUGUCACCGAGACGGCCUACCCACGGAGCCCCGCCGGCCCCCGCAGGAACCCCGCAGACACCCCCGCUGGGAUGCAGGGGAAGGGAACACCAAGGACUCUGGCAUCGACACCAGCAGCAGCGCCACCUUGAACGAAGACUUGCACAAGCACACCGUGUCAUGGAAAUUAUCGAAAGAUGGUUCUCGGUGGCUGGGGCGGAUGGUGCUGCACAAAGACCCCCUCCCCGAUGGUAGAGGGCGCCAAAAUAUCGGCAUGAAAGUGGUUGGCUAUCAAGUAGUAGAUACAACGGGACAUGUGGGGGCAGUCGUCGAGAAGAUUCGGGAAAAUAGCCUGGCCGAUCGAGUUGCCCACAUACGCCCUGGUGAUGAGGUCCUGGAAUGGAAUGGAACUCCACUCCGAGGGAAGUUUAAAGAACAAGUAGCUAGUAUUAUUGCCUUGUCCAAGAAUGACCACCAAGUACAGCUGCUCAUAUCCCGGCCCUAUGGGAAUGUUCCUCCUCCCAUCGAUCCUAUAGACAUGAGAAGAAUCCCCCCACCCCAUUUAGAAGUCCAUCCUGAGGCCCUGCAGAGAGAUCCACGCUAUCUCAGGUACUCCGAUAGGCGUACGAGUCACUUGCCAACACGAUCUCCUGAUAGAAGUUCGAUUGGCGGACGAAUACAGGUGCGAUUAUGGUACGAUACGAAGAACAUUCAACUUGUAGUAACGAUAGUUUGUGCAUCAGAACUGCCACCGAGAACGGAUCACAGUCCCAGAAAUCCAUACGUAAAAAUCGUUCUUUUACCAGAUGCUAGUGAGAAAAGUAAGAGACGUUCAAAGACGAUAGCAAAAACAAAUGAGCCAAAGUGGAACCAGACAUUUGUUUACUCAUCGUAUAGGCAAAGUGAUCUUAGGAAAAGUUCUCUACAAAUCAGCGUCUGGGAUUACGACAGGAAAUAUGCUUACAGCGAUUUUCUGGGAGAAGUAGUCAUCAAUCUAGGGUCAAAACCCCUAGACGAUAUGGCUGAGUGGUAUCCGCUCUCGAUGCACAGAGAUGAAGAAAAGCAAUUCCCUGAGGUAACGCCUAUCUCCCCGACCGGUAGCAGGAUGUCUGACGAAGACCUCUCGGAUUACGACGAGAAAUUUUCCGCGCACACAGAGCGGCGUAUCAUGGCCGUAGAUAGCAGUCCCCCAUUUUACGACGAAGACCACCGUCAAAUGAGCCUCCCACUUGGCCUUGCGAAUCCACUGCCUCUGACGUCACCCCUGGGAGAACGGUCGCGAUCCUUGGCGACCGCUUCGCCCAUGGUCGAGUAUCCUCGCGGACGCCUUAGAGAGCAGGGAUUUGAAAAUAGACGCAGGUCUCGUUCUAUGGCAGAUCCCUCUUCCAGGAGAACUCCUGACUACUCUUCCAGGUCACUCUCGCCUCCGGAGCUCAGGCCUCGAUUCCAGCCCGUGCCUCGGCCCUCAAACGCUCACCGUCUCCUGCCCCCGCCCAACAGCUUCCGGAAGCGGCAGCUGCCACAGGUGCCCUUCAGCCGGAGUGACCUCGAAGAGAGAUUCCUCAAAAGUAGAAACUCCGUCGUCACCCCUUCCAUUGGUGGUUACGGCGACUACGACCGGUUCGUGCAACAGAGACGCGGCGGCGGCUCUCGGAUGGCCGCUUCGCUAGGUGUUGGCACCUCCAGUCCCCUAGUUAGUCCCGAGAGGAGCGACUCGGAGUCCAGUUCCAAGUUCAGCCUCAGCAGUGCCUUCCACAGGAACAGUCGCACGCUCGGGGAGUUCACGGGUCGCCCUUCGGCCUACGGGGGACCAGUCCAUCCGUCGUCGCGCGAAAUAGAUGGUAGCCUUUCCGAUACAGCAGUGGGACUGGCCACGGAGGACAAGGCCAUGAGCCGACGUUCUAUCAGUCACUCUGACAGACCAGGCAGCGCUUGCGCUAAAAGAAGUCCUUAUCUCUCCAAGAAAAGCAACAGCACCUCACAGCUCAGCGUAACAGGGCACAAGAAGCGGAUCAUCUUCCGGCGGAGGAACGGUUCCUCGUCGUCGUUCGUGGUGCAGCGGAGCGAAGAAGUCCUUCCGGAUACCCGGGCGGGCAGCAGUAUUUCGUCCGAUGGCAGCAUUAGCGGAGACAGCAUCACGUGGGGACCCCGCCUACCCCCGGAGGUCGGAGAAGCUUCGAGUUUCGUGGAAGGCCUAGGACCCGGGCAACUAGUGGGGAGACAAGCUCUAGCUUCCCCCUCUUUGGGUGAUAUACAGCUAGGAAUCUGUGAGCGCAAGAGUUGCCUAGAAGUUGAAGUGAUAAGAGCGAGAGGACUGCAGCCCAAGCCAAACGCCAAGAUCCUGCCAGCACCUUACGUAAAAGUUUAUCUUCUGAACAGUCGAAGGUGCAUCGCUAAACGGAAGACAGCAACAGCCCGCCGCACUUUGGACCCCCUAUAUCAACAACAGCUCGUAUUCCAGGAGGAUUUUCGGCGCUGUUUCCUUCAAGUAACGGUGUGGGGUGAUUACAGCCGCAUGGAAAAGAAAGUGUUCAUGGGUGUGGCACAGAUUGUGUUGGACGAUAUAGAUCUCGCCAAAGGGGUGAUCGACUGGUACAAACUAUUCCACCAUUCCUCGCUGGUCAGCAGCCUGGCUGCUAACGAUCGCAGUUCUUUCCUCUCAUUGGACAGUUUUGGAUGAAGGGACUCACUCGAAGUAUAUGGAUGUAUAAACAAACCUAUUCUGAAACAUUAAAAGGAAACAUAUAACUCUAAAAGGCAAGAAGAAGAGAUCCCCCCGCCCUCGUUGCCUUUUCCGGACGGUGUUCUCAUCGAGAAUCUUCGUAUUUUUCGCUUUCGAAAGAAGAACUCUUCCUUCUCGUUUUCUGCACUCGGUCGAGGGCGACUCCUCGCGGAGAUUACUCUACGAUCGCUAUUUCGAUCUCUUUCCUCUCCGAACUGUCAAGUUUUUUUCGACUUUCGUAUUUUUCAAUAAAAACAAAUCAUCCAAA